GACUAAGGGUCGUUUGGAUGAGGAAUUCUAAUGGAUCAAUCUGACACAAUUGUCUCGUUUUGAGUCAAUUGUGCUAGAUUGAUCCAUUUGGCAGCAUAAAUUUUGGAUGAAGCAAUUUGGGCUGGGGAAUUCUGAAUUGACUCACUUUGAGUCAAUUACAAUUGGGGUGAGGGCAGGUAAUCUGAAUUGACUCGUUUUAUAAAAUGAAACAAUUGAUCAAAUUGUCUCGUUUUACAAUUGAUCAAUCCAAACGACCUAAGUUUGUAGUUUCACACUCCAUUGAUCAAUCCCAACAAACAACAAGGAAAGCCACCCACUAACUCUUUUAUACAGAAGAAUCAAUUGGGUUUUAACAAAUAUCGAAAAUAAUGUUCUUAAUCGAGUAAUUGAGUGUGAACGCAUCUGCAUCAUCAAAGCCAAAGCCCUCACAACCAUUAUUUGACCUAAUUAACCCUUUUUCCAAGCACUAAAUUCGUUGCUAAUAGGAGGAUUAGGAGACGCGACCAAUUAUAUUCCUCACUUACACGUAUAUUGACUUGCUUAGUGCAUGCCCACUUCUACCUAAGCUAAUUUAUUUUGCCCAAUCCCUCCAUGUUAUUAUGAAUUGGUACACUACCUUUUUUUGUGACUUGCUCUAAUGAAGAACAUUUUGUUUGCUUCCAAUGAGUAAUGAUAUUUUUCUAUAUGUUGUCUUUAGCGGGCUAUCGGAUAAUUACAUAUAAUUUGAAUUUUGUGAUCAUUUAUUUCUCGAAUUAACGCACACUUGAGAAGAUUCUUCAAAUGUAUCAGUGCGAACUGACUGGUCCCCUUCAAAGUAGUGAUCGUACUUGAAUAAGACGUGGUAAGGAAGAAGAAAAGCAUAACCGAUAGUGUGGUUUUGUAAAUUGUACAUUGAAAGGGAGAAGUUACUUUGUAAUAUAAUUUUGUGAGCGUAACAAGCCUAUCAACUAGAAUCAAUAAUCCCUAAGUAUAUUAGUCUAUUAUCAAGAUACCCUUUUUAUUCCCCCGAAUUUCCCCUUUUUCGACUGAUUUUAAUUCCCAGGAUUUUGAUCCUGCUUCGUUGGCACAGUCAGACUAUAAAGCAGAGUCUAAUGAAUUUUCCUUGCACUGUUUUGUACAAUAAGACACCAAAUGGAAAAUCGUUUUCUGUUGGUAAUGGGGAAUUUUCAUUUUCCCCACCAAGAAUCUUGCUCGGCCGCCUGUUGUUUGAACUAGAAAUUCCACACGAAUAAGAGAAGAAAAGGAUGGCUAUUUAUGUGAGGUAUAUUCAGAGAUCUAUGAGCAAUAGCAUAGUAAAAAUUUACUGGAAUACAAAGAAAACUGAGAGUCUGAAAAAAAAAAUUAUGUCAUUUUCCUUUUUUUUUCUUACUGUACGAGAAAAAUAUUUACUUUUACAAUUAGUACGAGAAAAACUGAAAAGAUUAGAGUGAGAGAGAAAGAGAGGACGAGUCCAUUAAAUUCGGGCAUUGCUAUUCGUCGCCCUAAAACAUAUUAUUCGUCGCCCUAAUGUUUACUAAAAUUACUUAAAUGACAAAACCACAUUAAUUCUAAAACAAACACAAAGACAUAGACGCAAUAACAAAAUAAAAUAUCCAAAAGAACAAAUCAGUGAAUUAGAAGUUACAACUACAAAAAAAAAAUGAAGGAAAAAAAGUAAUCGGAACGCCCCUGAAAAUGGUCGCACUGGUUGGCUGCAGAAUCCCUUCGAAUAGCAAAUCACUUCACACAGCGGAUAGGUUUAAAACCCGUCGGCAGGGAGCACGGGACAGAUGGGCAACCCGUCUGAGCUCGCCAGCGAUGGGUUUUCAACCCGUUCGCAAUCAUCGGAAGAAAAAAGAAAGAAACAGUAGCAGGUCUCGCAUGCUGGAGAAGCAGUUGCGGAUCAGCGGCUUGGGGGAACGGCAGCGUCGACGGAUUGGGGGAAUCGCAGUGCUUCGGCGUGCUAGGGGCGGCUGAAUCUGACUAGUGGAUUCCUUUUUACUUCACAGCAACGACAGCGGGUCGGCAGUCUAGCUGAAUGGGAGCGACAGUUGGUUGGGGGAACGGCAUGGCUGUCGGAAUUUGGUUGGUCGGCGGGGGCACAAGACGUAAGGAUUGCUGAUUGAAAUUGGGUAGAGGGGUAUAAACGUCAAUUUAGUAGGAAUUAGGGCGAAUUUUUUUUUUAAUUUUAGGGCGACGAAUAGAUAUUCAGUUAAAUUCCACGCUUGUAUAGACUAAAAGUCCACAACCAUUAGGAAUCAAGGUCUGAAUAAGGUGUUAACACUCAAAAAUACUAAUAUCGAAUCAAUACUAAAAGUUAUGAAACCAAUUAAUUAUUAUCUCGAAGGGAAUGCAAAAAAAAAAUUAAUUGAUUAUUUUCAACAAAAAAAAAAAACAAGCUUACAUGGAUGGAAUCGAAGGGAGGUUUAUGCUAUAGACUCCUCCACUAAUUGAAGAAUUUCCUAUGUACUCCCCAUGAUUGUCUUCACAUGGUCGCCAACCCAAACACCCACAUUUUUUUAAUGUUUUAAAUUUUUAUAUGAACCACCACCUCACAGAAAGGUACUUGAAGUUGAAACCCCCUAAAAAAGAAAGUUGAACCCAAUUCCAAUUGCUUUUCCUCACUCCUUUAAACCUAAAGUGCUUUAGAAGAAUAUUAAUAAGAAGAGGAGGGUUAUGUUAUCACAAAUAUGAGAAGUUACUCCUUCACUUAUAAGAUCUACAUCAAGAUGACGCAAUUAUAUAAAGAUUUUUCACUUUGAUACGAAUUUUAGACUAUUUCAGUCUUAUAAAUAUCUGUAGAUACAGAUAAUUUAAUUUAUAGCCUAAGUGUAAAAAAAAAGUUGGAAUAGUAAGUUAUGAGAAUUAAAUUCAUUAUUUGUUUUGUGUCUAGCUCCACACGAUUUUAGUUUUCGCUUCGGUACAUGAUGACCUUCCAAGAGAUCAUCCACUUCUGGUUAAUUCAUACCGUGCAAGUCUGGAUCUAGAAUCUUUACAAGAGCUCUUUCGUUUAACUUCACAAUGUCUUGUUAGUUAACGUUACAUUGUUCAUUAUGACUCAUGGAUCUCGCUCGCGCUUUAUUAGUGUCAAAUUUGCCCAAACUGUUACAUUACAACCCCUUUCCGACCUAUCUUUGAAGAUGGCACGGAGAUACUCGAUACCAUUUGUAACGUGUCAAUCCUUUUUUUCUAAUCAAAAUAUUGCUCAUUUUUAAUCUAGCCCCCAUGUGGUUUUUUCUUUUCAGUGUACUUCCCCAAAAGUCAUGCAUCUCUGUCAUGCUCCAUCACGAACAUGUUUAAUUUCAAAGUAAUUACAAAAGCAUAAUUUCACCUUAAAACGCAUUCUGUCAAGUAAUGUUGAAUUAUUCUUUAUGAUCCGUGAAUCUUUGCCGCUAAUGGAAUUUGACUAAGAGUGUUACACGACUUAGUUAGCUAGCAACUCUUUGCUCAGAUUUUUCUGUAAAACUAUGAUGAAGAAAGAGAGGCAUAAUUGGAUGAAGUCUCUUUUUUAGGCAUUGGGACCCUUGGCAACUCUCUCAAUCCUUGGGCUCAAAAGGCAGGAAGAAGGAUGGAUGGUCAUGAAACACCAACCAAAUUGGUCUCCACAUGGGGACAAUGGAUAUAAAAAUUAUAACUAAACCACCAAUCAUAUGUUGUGACAGUACUGCACAAAAACAUUUUCUUGCUUUCUUUAAGGAGAGAAGGAAAAAAAACCCUAAUCACAAUAGUCUUUAGCUCUACUAGUUGGGGGUUGUCUUUACACUAAUGACUAAACCCUUCAAAUGAAUCGGAUGAGUGUAAUAAUGAAAAGGGCAUCUCUCCUUGUUUCGGGGGACUUUGUAGGGAUUUUCUGCAGCAUGUGUCCCUCCUUCCACACUGUCGCACAAUGAACCAACGGGCAAACUAGUUCCUAGUUGGAAUGGGGGCAAUGAUUCGAUCCACAUCGGAUCGGAUCAUAUAUAAAUAGUGGUCGAUCAUUAGGAUGUGUUGGUUGGUCUGACGGUAAACGAUAUGAGAACGUUACAUGAGAGGUUGAGGGGAGGAGUUACGGUGCUAAUUGUACAAUAGUUAGCACCGUCCUAACCAAGGAAAAAAUUACUACUAGUUUGAAUUAGUAGUGAUUUAGUUUAGAUGUUGUAUUGAUUUUAUAAUAAUCCGUAGUGAUUUCGUUAUUUUUAGUAGCGUUUUUUGCUAGUUAUCACGGUGCUAACCCCUAUAAAGGUUAGCAUCUAAUCCCAUCCCGAGGUUGAGAGCUUCAAGUUUCCGAGAAUUUACAACUUGAUCUACAUAAAGUGUAGCGAAAAAAAAACACAUAAUUAUUUGCAUUUAGUCUACUAGUAAGCGGGUAUGAUUAUAUAGUACACACUUGCUCAUAGGUUCAAGUCUCCCUCAUCCGUUUAUGUAAUUUAACUUGACUAUGCUCAAACAAUUUUUUUUUUUUUUCUCGAAGUGAUCAUAAUUGGUGCAACCAUCCCGUAAUGUGACAAAAAAUUACAAGAUUGUGAAAUUACAUACGAAACAAACAAUUUAACACAAUGGAGAGAGCUACCAGCUAGUAUCACAAACAAAAGUAAGUAUAUGAAAUUCAGCACUAAUUUCCCUAUUAUGUCUUAUUGUCACACACACAAAAUGUUGUUAUAUUGGAAGUGGGUUAAGGGUUUAGUUCCUCCAUCAAAUUCUAGAUAUAAUUUUAUUUUUGUAAUGUGCAGCAGUUGGGAUGAAUUUGUAUAGUUUUUUAAUCAUCCCAUAAGUACUAUCCUUGCUAACUUGAUCAUAAUAAAUGAAUAGGUAAAUAUUAAAAUCCUAAUAAAUACCGUGAUAAACCAUUUGAUCCAUAACAAAAAAUUAUUUAUUUUAUGGUGCCUCGACUGUGUAGAGGAUGUAGAUUGGGUACUAUAAAUCUUGGGAUAAAUAGUUACUAGUUCAGAAUUUAACACCAUUACCAUUCAAUAAGAUCUAUGGUGGAUCCACUGUAUAUUGUCCAAUAAUUACUAACAAAGCCAACAUUAGCCCUCCAAAUCAGUGAAAAUUUAUAGUUAGUUCUUCAAAAUAAUCCAAAGGUGGGCAUCAAUACGAGAUCAGGACCUUCCCCCUUCUAAUUAACUAACUAAAUUAUUUUGUGCCAUAAUAAUAAUAAUAAUAAUCAAAGUUAGUAGAGGGACAGGUGUCAUGCAAUAAAGGCAUGCAUAAGAAAAUUGAUGAUAUUGCAUAAUUGUGCACAUAGACAGGCAGACAGUCACAUAACGUUACUGUAAUUGGUUUGUCCUUAUGCUGGUCUCAUGUUGGUAGUGACAAAAGCUAUAAAGACAGGGUCUACAAACCUUAAAAAUUAUGUUCUUCAUAUAUUUCCUCGUAGGCCACUAAUCCGAAAUUAAUAUAAUUAAUUUAUCAAAUCCCUUUUCUUAAUUACUUUGUACACAUGCUGAUGUGGACUCUGACAGCUCUCGUUAAUCGAUCCUUCCACCUUCGUUUGGUUGCCUAGAAUUUUCUUUUUUUAUUAUGGGCUGACAGUAAUAGUAUCAUUAUUGAUCGCCCAGGGUACCUUUGGUAAUUUAGUUACAGUAAAUUUUUAAUAGUUGAUUCCCCCUAGGCAGUUGUAAACUUCUACUUACUUGAGUUGUACACUAUGUUUGGGAAGGGGUGUAAAUGGAGGGGGUGCAAGUUUGGAGGGGUAAACACAAGUUCCAAGGCGUUUACUCCCGUUUGGUUAUUUUUUAACAGUAGGGGGGUGCAAAACGUGAGCGUAAAUUCACUGUUUCGGCUUAUCCCCCAAAUUGGGGUGCAAGGGAAGGAAGGAAGGGAGGGGGAAGGGGGAGGAGGGGAAUUAUGAAUUUUUAAUUAGAUUAUAAUUACAUAAUAAUCAAUAAUAUUAAUUUUUUCUUAUAUCUAUAUUAGUGUAGAAGUUGUUUGGGGUUGACCGUUUGACCCAGAGAGCAAGUUUGUCAAUGUUCGCCUCGUCAAAUCGAUAUCUCUUAGUUGACCCGAAUUUGCAUUGAAAAUUAGAGAUAAGAAGCAUUUGUUGAAAAGAUAGAGAGGAACAGUUUAGUUAACUCGAUUUACUUUAAUAAGUAGUUAAAACUUACAGAUUCGAAUGUGUUUGACUAAGUUUGACCAUAUUCAAUUUAAAGUUAGGCACGAGAACCCCCUUAGGAUGACCAGUUACGAGUUGGAUUUCGAGUUUCAAGGUUGCUCGACCAAUGAUUAUUAUUGUUGUUAUAAAUAAUUAUAUUUGAGCAUUAUUAUAUAAUAAUUAUUUUUAUUUAUUAUUUUUAUGAUUAUAUAUUGAAUUUUCAUGUUAUUAUUUUGUGAUAAUAUUUUAUAAAUUGAUAAAUCUAUUUUAUAAUAAUAUAAUUACUUACUUUUUACUCUAUUUGCACCCCCCUACUUUUUCAUCCAAACAACAAUUUACCCCUCCACUUACACCCUCCACCAAGUUGCACCCCCCAACAAUUUACUCCUCAACUUGUACCCCCCUCGAACUUGCACCCCCCUUGUUGCCAAACAUAGUGGUAAUGGAGACAUCAGACAAGGAAGAGGUUCUUUUGUGUAGAAUUUUUGAAUAUGAAAACAGAAUGGUUUGUCCUGUUGGUUUUCGUUGCGCUACUUUUGAAGACGACCAGAUAGUGAUGGUUGGUUUGCUUGAUUGUGGUGUGAAUUUUGAUGUGGUGGGUGUUUCGAUUUUUCAGGAUUGUUUUAUGGUCGUAUCAAUUCUGUAUCAGAUUGAUUGAUUGGGUUGAAGAGAGUAAUAAUAUGAUAGCCGUUUAGACCAUUAAACAUCAAUGGUCAAU